AUGCCAUUCAAUACAUUCACACACCCAGACAAAUUUGAAAUAAUAUGUGUAUCUAUGCCUGGAUCUAGUGCAGAGGCAACCUCGCGCUAG